CGAACUUUUGCACUCACCCAAUAUAAUCUAACGUCUGAAGAUAGAUUACACGUAUGCACGCAUUUGUAAAUGUCAAGAAAAUAGGAGAGCAUGUAGAAAGCAUAUACACAUGCACACACAUAUCAUAUGACAAUUGCUUAGUGAAAUUAUAGUAGCACAUAAUAGAAUAGUAGAAUUCCUCGUGAUUUUGUAGUUGCAGCGUGCAGUGGUACUUGUUCAAGUACAGAAUAUAAUACUGUUUCUUUUACAAGGAUAUACCAAGCCAUUCCCUCUGGCUGUCGGUGAUUUAUGUGUGAUAUCCUUGAAAAGUGCUAGGAUAAAAGGAUGUAUUUGCAUCAGAGUAUCAAUAGAUCGCGGCUCUUCAUUGUUCAAGGACGAGUGCGAAUGAAAGAUGAUAUUUUUUAUUACACCUAAAAUCAUCUUUUAUUUCGCCGUUCUUUACUUUACGCAUCAGUAGCCAAGAACCGUCAACUACAAGAUACUCUAAUGAAUUAGCAUUAAAAAAUAUGUUAAUUAACUAUUGACACAGAUGGGUUAAAUACAAAGUAUAUCUUACCGAUCUGCGAAUAGAGUCGCGAGAAUGAAAAUAAGUGCUGAGAAGACGUGAGAGUGAAUGUAAGAUGCAGACGUUUUCACCACACAUCGAGAGAUACGAUUACUUAAUCUGGGCGUCUAACCAGCAAUGAGUCGAUAGUAUCUCGGUGGUAUGUUGCUUUCUGAAGUUGAUGAACAGAUAUUUCUCCGAAAGGAUCAAAUGUGACUUACAAACGCGCAAGCGACAGACUGAAGCACGUGGUGUUCGCCGAGGAAACCUUCACGCCUGCGUCGUACAUGACAAAACAACAACCCCUCCCACCAAUGUAUAUAUGUAUUCUAUGGGAAAUAAACAUCUGUCAAACUUCUUUCGGUAUCAUAUCGAUCGUCCAAUUAUGCAGCUCUUACCGCAAAAAGCGUAGUAAGCCUUUAGUAUCGUUUUCUCACGAUGCUGUUUUCUCUUCUAUUUCUUUUCACGCACCGUUUACAUCAAAUUGCAUGGUUCAUGUUAGAAUUUCAGUCAGAGGGUGCAGAAAUAAAAUAUUCAAUGAGGCAACCGCGAUGAAGGGAUGAGCGAAAGUUUGCUGGACCCUUAGCGACCAAUAGUGUCUCGAUUCUCGAUGAUCGCAGAGAGAUGAUCUGUGUCGAAUCAUUGCACAUCAACCUCAACCGGCUUCUAUUGCUCGCUGUUGGCUUAUGGCCUUAUGAGCAAACUAAAAUAGUUCAAUUACAAUUGAUCUUGCUCUUCAGCAUUUUAACAACUUUUAUUUUAUCUCAGCUAACGUCGAUCGUGACCUCGGAAUACACUUCGGAUCUCCUCAUAAAUGUUUCCUCUACCACGUUAUUUUAUAUUACUUUUGUCAUCAAGUACAGCUCAUUCAGAAUUAAUAUAGAAACUAUGAGGCAUCUAUUGGAACUACUUCAGCGCAUCUACAACGAGUUACGAGAUGAGAAUGAGAUUAAUAUCAUAAAGAAAUAUGGGCAACUGUCGAGGCGGUACACGGCUGCACUUAUGACAAUUGUUACGUUUGUCAUUAUUUCCAUAAUCACGUACUUAUUUUGUCCGCUCAUUCUUGAUAUCCUGCGACCCUUAAAUGAGACUCGACCACAGCCCUCGGUGGAAUUCAAAUACUUUGUUAAUCAAAAAAAAUAUUUCUAUCUGAUCAUGCUACACGCAAUAACAGCUUUUAUAGUCGGUGGGCUCGCCAUGGUAUCUACGGGUGCGAUACUCAUAGCAUUUCUGAAGCAUGCCUGCGGAAUGUUUCGAAUCUCCAGCUACCGUAUCGAGCACGCAAUGGCAAUCGGAACCGUACAAAACGGCAAAGCGGGAAAUAACAAUAUGAUGUACAAGGGUCUAAUUUACGCCGUAGAUAUCCAUCGCAAAGCAAUGCAGUUCUCCGAUAUGACAAUAUCCAAAUUCAAAGUAUCGUUUUUCCUCUUAAUAAUCUCCGGCAUGAUCUGCGGAAGUCUUAAUUUAUUUCGAAUUUUUCAAGCGAUGACAGUCGGAUACAGUAAUGUCGGGAUGUUAUUAAUACCUCUUGUGUUCAUUGUUACCCACCUGAUCUAUAUGAUUGUGAGCAACUCUAUCGCGCAAGAUAUCAUGGAUCACAAUAACCACGUAUUCGACACUAUAUAUGACGUCCGCUGGUACGUAGCACCUUUGAACAUACAGAAGAUGAUACUAUUUUUAUUGCAAAGAAAUACCAAAAUUUUUAGUCUGAAUAUUGGCGGGAUAAUCGUAGGUUCGUUAGAAAACACCGUCACGAUAUUCAGCACCUCGUUAUCUUACUUCACCUUUCUUUACUCCACGUUGGACAAACGCGAGAUAUAAUACGAAAUAGGAUGAAUGUUAGCGGAAGGAACUUAGGUAAGCACAAACGAUGUUCGCAUAUUUAUAAUCUAACGUCUGAAGAUAGAUUACACGUAUGCACGCACUUGUAAAUGUCAAGAAAAUAGGAGAGCAUGUAGAAAGCAUAUACACAUACACACACAUAUCAUAUGACAAUUGCUUAGUGAAAUUAUAGUAGCGCAUAAUAGAAUAGUAGAAUUCCUCGUGAUUUUGUAGUUGCAGUGUGCAGUGGUACUUGUUCAAGUAAUCAGAAUAUAAUACUGUUUCUCUUACAAGGAUACACCAAGCCAUUCCCUCUGACUGUCGGUGAUUUCUGUGUGAUAUCCUUGAAAAGUACUAGGAUAAAAGGAUGUAUUUGCAUCAGAGUAUCAAUAGAUCGCGGCUCUUCAUUGUUCAAGGACGAGAUCGAAUGAAAGAUGAUAUUUUUUAUUACACCUAAAAAGCAUCUUUUAUUUCGCCGUUCUUUACUUUACGCAUCAGUAGCCAAAAACCGUCAACUACAAGAUAGUCUAAUGAAUUAGCAUUAAAAAAUAUGUUAAUUAACUAUUGACACAGAUUGGUUAAAUACAAAGUGUAUCUUACCGAUCUUCGGAUAGAGUCGCGAGAAUGAAAAUAAGUGCUGAGAAGACGUGAGAGUGAAUGUAAGAGGCAGACGUUUUCACCACACAUCGAGAGAUACGAUUACUUAAUCUGGGCGUCUAACCAGCAAUGAGUCGGUAGUAUCUCGGUGGUAUGUUGCUUUCUGAAGUUGAUGAACAGAUAUUUCUCCGAAAGGAUCAAAUGUGACUUACAAACGCGCACGCGACAGACUGAAGCACGUAGUGCUACAUUCGCUGUGAAAACGCUCACGCUUGCGCCGUCCAUGACAAAACAACACCCCACCAACCAGUGUGUAUAUGAUUGUACGGGAAAUAAACAUCUGCCAAGCUUC